AUGAAGAUCAUUAAUUUGUUGGAAUGGGAUGCUGUAUCUGAAACGAAGGAAGAUUUGUAUCUCCCGGAAGAGAUUAUGAGAGACAUAGUCCAAAGACUCCCGAUUAGAAGCAUUAUAAGGUGGAAGUGCGUAUCUAAGUUAUGGCGCGAUCUGAUAGGAGGGGUUGACUUUGUGACGUCGUAUUGUCCGAAACUGGUCUUCUCUUGUAGAGACACCUACACAGUCUACGACAGUGAGUCCUACGUGCCACUUUUCAAAUUUCGGACUCAUUCCUAUUAUGUUGAUGCUCCAUAUGUUGCUACUUAUCGCAUCGAUUCAGUUAAUGGUUUAUGUUUGAUGAGGUAUGGAACGGCUAAUACUCUGCUCGUAUGCAAUCCAAUUACUCGUCAAUAUGUUGAACUUCCUCCUCAACCUACACAUUCUUUCAUUUUCGGUUUUGGGGUGAGCAAAUUAAGUGGGAAAUAUAAGAUUUUAUAUGGUGACAAAUCGGGAUCGUUUCAUAUAUGUACCCUAGGAGAAGAGUCAUGGAGAAGAAUCUCAGAUGCAACACUGGCUUUUCCUAUAGCAAAUUAUGAUACUGCUGCAUUUUUGAACGGGAAUCUUCACUGGUUGGCAUCUGAUUGUGAUGGGAACAUAUUGAUAUGUUGUUUUGAUCUUGAAACCGAGUUAUUUGUGGCGUUGCAAGUUCGUUAA